AUGGACCUUCGACUUUGCAAUACCCUCUCGAGCGCUGACUUCCUGGAUCUAGAAGGUCCGACGGGCAUGUCGGCUGAGCCAUGGGAAUCAAGAGAGUGCUUCUUUGCAAAGCUCGGCCUUAACGAGAAGCGUCGUGCUCACAGGCGCAUAUUCCGCCAAAUGCUGCGAGAGGCUGUUGUUGGCCGAACCAUAGUCCUCCACAGCAACUCUGUCGUUGCGCCAAGCCUCGCCGCAGCUGACAUAUCUGAGGAUAUGGUAGUACCUGAUCAAGUCUUGUACGACGCCAUGCGCGGCAUAUACGAUGCGGCAUCCUCUCAAUCGAAAGCUAUCUACGAUCUCGUGACAGAUCAAUAUGGAUAUUGCUGGGUUCUGCGAUGGACACUUCGAUGGGCUCUGAACACGCGCUGCGAGACUUGCCUGGAUGAACUGAGAAAGACAUCUCCGUCGUCCAGUACGCACAGCACGACUGCCGACUCUGAUCGUGUCGAUUCGGCGUCUCCUGGUGAGCACACAUCGGCUCACAAGCGGAAGAGUCCUUCAAGCGGGUCGGAGCACAGCUUUGGCAGCCCAGUCAAACGGCAGAAGGUGGAGCAGGAAACAGUCCCAUUCUUGUUGACACGGGGAAUGACUGACCCUCUGUCGCAAUCACUUAAGGAGCAGCAGUGGGCGGCGAUGCGCAACGGCACCCGACAGCAUGCUGGCCCAGGAAGCGUCGUCACUCACCAGGUAGCCCAAGGGGUAGGAAAGAGGUCUCAUGAAUCUUCACCAAGAACACCGAUGUCGCUAUCAUCGAUGCUCAACCCUUCAGACAUCUUCCCGGAGUAG